UGCUUUACUUCUCUAUUGAAGAUCGAUCAAUCCAUUUGCCACAUGUCAGUAAGUUACAAAGAAACAUUAGUGUUGAUUUACGGGAGCGAGAGGACGAAGACAGUAACUGUUUUUUCUUUCGCCAAGAAGUCGGGAUAGCAAGUUGUAUGUGCGUGCUGCAGCACCGUGCCGGCACCCACCCACGCACCUACCUACCUACUAUGUUCACAACGCUCCGGCCGCAGAUGCACCUGCUGCACGCCCCCCAGCUCCUCCAACACCAAUCCCCCACCCCGACUCCCCCGCGCCGGCGUAAUCUCCUGCACUUCUGUGCGCGCCGCCCUCUCCCUCACCCACCGCACCCACCCCUUACACCACCUCCAGCACCGCCCCUUCCUCUCCGCCGCAGCAGACCCCAAACCCCCCAAGCCCGCCUCCCCCCCACCACACCCCACGCGCGCCCCACCCCUCCGCCCCUUCCACAACGUCACAUCCAUAACACUCGGCGCAUCAAGAUCGAGGCUGCGGAGCCAAGGGCCCAUAGACGCGAGCGUGGCGGCGACGAACCCGGCCGUCGGCGCCAGGAGCGCGCAGAUGGCGAAGGGCGUGCUUGCGGCCGUCAGGUCUGCUGUGUUGCGCAGGCGGGCAGCGGAGACGGAUUGCGCUAUUGAGGCGGCGAUGGAGCUGUUGUGCGGGGGGUGGGUGUUAGCGUGUGUGUGGAGGAGAUAGGUAGGUUUUGGUGGGGACUUACACGACAGAAAACGCGACUACAAGUGCGAGCAGCACGUGUCCACGCUGCAGCCACGCGGGCGUGCCGGCACGGAAAUCGACAACCAGGUAGCGCGCCAUGACGGCAUCGGCGAGCGCGGUGAAGGCCGUGAAGGCGUGCCAGGCGGCGGCGACGGCGCGCGGGUCUGCGCA